AUGGUUGAUCUACUAGUGGGUGUUAUUGUGAUGCCCUUCAGUGCCACCCGGACUGUUCAUGGCUGCUGGUUCUAUGGUGAUACGUUCUGUCAUCUGCAUGUCAGUUUUGAGUGGCUUCUCACCACACUUUCUGUCUUCCACCUACUUUGCAUUGCUGUCGACAGACAUCAAGCAAUAUGUAAUCCUCUGCAUUAUUCUAGAAAAAUCACAAUGUCAGUGGCUGUGAUGAUGGUAUGUGUCAGCUGGGCACUGGCUGCUGUCUAUGCUUAUGGAGUCACUUAUUCAAAAGCCCAUGAAGCAGGGUUAGAAGUUUUAUUAGAAUCAAUAAAGUGUCUUGGCAGUUGUUUUGUUUUAUUUAACCCAUUUGUGGGAAUCUUGGGCAGUGCUUUCUACUUUUUCUUUCCCUGCACUGCAAUGAUUUGUCUUUACAUUCAAAUAUUCAUUGUGGCUAAAACGCAUGUAAGAAAGAUUGGAGAUGAGAACAAAUGUUCAAAUGAGAGAGAGAGAGGAGGUUUGAUUAAACAGUCUGAGUGCAAGGCUGCAAAGACUCUCAGUAUUGUGCUUGGUGUAUUCAUAUUUUGUUGGAUGCCAUGGUUUUUGCAAGCAAUCAUUGUUCCUCUCACUGGCUUCAAAAUACCCGGUCUGCUUUCAGAAGUAAUAGCUUGGUUAGGUUACUUUAAUUCAGCCUGUAACCCCGUUCUUUAUACCUUGUUUUAUCCCUCCUUCAAAAAAUGUUUUCACUGCAUAAUCACUCUGAAAAUAUUCAACUUAAAUUCUUCAACUAUGAAUUUAUCUGUUAAAUGA